AUGGAAUCCCAACAAUCAUCUCAAAAUUCGCCAAUCUCUCAUGGUAGCGCCUGUGCUUCGGUUACUUCUACAGAAGUCCACACAAAUCAAGAUCCGUUAGACGUUUCAGCUUCCAAAAUUCAAGAAUUUGAGAAGGCUUCCACUAAGGCUCAUUCUCAACAGACAACGACACCUCACUCGUCUGCUGUUCCAGAGAACCACCAUCAUGCCUCUCCUCCAGCUGAUCAAGUACCAUUGCCACAAAAUGGGCCGCUCCCACAGCAGCGCAUGAUGACUCCCCAACAAGCCAAUAUUUCUGGUUGGCAAGUAUACGGGCACCCAACUUUGAUGCCGUAUCCACCUUAUCAAAUGACACCCAUGUAUGUUCCAUCUAAGUCAAACUCACAGUUUACACAAUAUUUACCACCUGAUGGAACACAUCGAAACACUUCAUCACCCGAGUCUGAAAAUUCAUUCACUGAUUCAUCCUCAGCGAAGUCUAAUAUGACAUCCACUAAUAAUUAUGUCAGACCACCACCAAUCUUAACCUCACCUAAUGACUUCCUAAGUUGGGUUAAAACAUACAUUAAAUUUUUGCAAAAUUCAAAUCUCGGUGAUAUUAUUCCGACAACAACCGGAAAAGUAGUACGUCAGAUGACAGAUAAUGAACUCACCUUCUUAUGUCACACUUUUCAAUUAUUCGCUCCAUCUCAGUUCCUACCCACCUGGGUCAAAGACAUCCUAUCUAUUGAUUAUACGGAUAUCAUGAAAAUUCUGUCGAAAAGCAUCGAAAAAAUGCAAUCUGAUAAUCAAGAGGCAAAUGACAUCGUGACACUCGCAAAUUUGCAAUAUAAUGGCAGUACGCCUGCAGAAGCAUUUGAAACAAAAGUCACAAACAUUAUUGACAGACUAAAUAACAAUGGCAUUCACAUCAAUAACAAAGUAGCAUGCCAACUAAUCAUGAGAGGCCUAUCUGGCGAAUACAAAUUUUUACGCUACACACGUCAUCGAUAUCUAAAUAUGACAGUUGCUGAACUAUUUUUAGACAUCCAUGCUAUCUAUGAAGAACAACAGGAAUCAAGACGCAGCAAACCUUCUUACAGGAGAAAUCCGAGUGAUGAGAGAAAUGAUUCUCGAACUUACAUGAAUACGACCAAACCCAAAGCUAUAACUCGAAGUUCCCAAAAAACAAAUAAUUCGAAAUCAAGAACAGCCAGGGCUCAUAACGUAUUCACAUCUAAAAACUCUCCCGGUACUGACAACGAUUCCAUCGGUGAAUCAACUACCGGACCGAUUCAAUUGAAUAAUAAGCACGACCUUCACCUUAGGCCAGAAACUUACUGA